AUGGAAGAAUGUCGAAGUGGCCCAAAAAGGAUGGAAGAGGUUGUCACAGAGUGGAAUGAAUCCAUCGAGAAGGAGUCGGAGAAGCGAAAAGCCCCAGAACUGGCUGAUCGCUUCGUAACGAAUGUUCCCCCUCUCGAAGAUCAAUCGAUUCUCCGUAAGCUGGAGCAGAAAAAUGUGAAGUACGGAUCGGCCAAUGAAGACAUGUCGAUCAUGUUGCUUCAGUCCUUGAUCUAUUUGCUUCCCUUUAUUUUGAUCAUGGGAUUUCUCUUCUUUGCGAUGCGGAGAUCGUCGGACCCAAUGUCAUCAGGUGGGAUGUUCGGCAACUUCGUUAAAAGCCAGGCCAAGAAAUUUACUCCCAGUGAAACGCAAACAACAUUUGAUGAUGUCGCGGGUAUGGACCAUGCCAAGAAGGAGUUGCAGGAAGUCGUCGAAUUUCUGAAGGAACCAUCCAAGUUUCAGAGACUCGGGGCUGAGAUCCCCAAAGGAGUCCUGCUGAUGGGGCCUCCGGGAACUGGAAAAACCCUGGUGGCGCGUGCCGUCGCUGGUGAGGCAGGAGUCCCCUUUUACAGCAUCAACGGUUCCGAAUUUAUUCAGAUGUUUGUCGGUGUCGGUGCGAGCCGCGUUCGUGACAUGUUCAAGACAGCGAAGGAAAGUGCUCCCUGCAUUCUCUUUAUCGAUGAGAUUGAUGCUGUGGGACGUGUUCGUGGGGCUGGUGUCGGUGGUGGACACGAUGAGCGUGAACAGACAUUAAAUCAGAUCCUCAGUGAAAUGGAUGGUUUUGAAUCGACCAUGGCAGUCAUCGUGAUCGCUGCGACGAACCGUCCCGAUGUACUAGACCCUGCAUUGUUGCGUCCGGGACGCUUUGAUCGGCAUGUGGCUGUUGACCGCCCGAGUCGCGAGGGACGUUUAGGGAUUCUGAAAGUUCAUGCUCGCAAAGUGAAACUCGCUGAGGGUGUCAAACUGGAAGAAGUUGCCAACAGCACCAUAGGUUUCUCGGGAGCAGAGCUGAAGAACCUCGUGAAUGAGGCUGCCUUGCAUGCAGCGCGUGAAGGGAAAACAGAAAUCGAGAUGGAAGAUUUCGAUUCUGCCCGCGACAAAAUCAUGAUGGGCGUACCUCGUGAAGACAUCAUGAACGAAAAAGAACGUCGCAUGACCGCGUAUCAUGAGGCGGGGCAUGCAAUCCUGGGAUGGAAGCUGCCUGAAGUUGAUCCUGUGCAUAAGGUGACGAUUGUUCCACGUGGACGUGCACUGGGCGUGACGCAAUUUGUGCCCGAAGAAGAACGCUUUCACAUGGGAGAGACACGUCUACGUCAACAACUGGCCAUGAUGCUUGGUGGUCGGACCGCUGAGAAGUUGAUCUUCAAUGAAUACUCAGCUGGUGCGGAAGAUGACCUCAAACGCUCCUCUCAAAUUGCUCGUCGCAUGGUCAGUGCCUGGGGAAUGAGCGAGAAGAUUGGUCCCGUUGCAUAUCGCGAUAGCGAAGAGCAUCCAUUCUUAGGUAAGGAGAUGCACGAACAACGUAAGUACAGCGAACAGACUGCUGCUCUGAUUGAUCAGGAAAUGCGUACCGUCAUGCUGCAAGCACAGGAACUGGCUAAGACAACUCUGGAAGAGAAUAGAGAAGUUCUGGAAGAACUGGUGCGGGCUCUCAUGGAGAAUGAGAUCGUUGAUCGAGAGCAACUCGAAGAGAUCAUGGGGCCACGUCAGACCCUUGAUGAAGAGGCUUUGCCACCCCAAAAGUCCGAAGAGACGACGGACGAAUCUUCAGACGCUGAAUGA